AUGGCUCAAGUCACCGAGCAGGACUUUUUCGGCGGGGCGAUCCGCGGGGUUGUGCCCCAGGGCUGGAUUGAUGGGAGUGAUCUCCGCGAAAUCCCAGACCACCAAGAACUCUUCUUAUCACCCAACACACUCUCAAACUACAUCUUCGAAAUCAACCAGCGCGUCUCCCAACAAGACGCCCUCGCCACCUUCACCACCUACAGCCACCAACACCCAACCCUGACCGCUGGCAGCGGCACGGCAGCCACCGCCUCAACCGAAACAGUCGACCAAGCCGCCGCACUACACCACCUUAACGACCUCUGCGACGAAGGCGACGCCAUGCAAAUCGUCGCCCCGCCCACGCGCGUGGAACCGAGCCGCCUCAGCGCAUACGCGCCGCCGGGUUCAUCAGUUAGCGCGUACAAGGGCGUUGUCCAGUUCUUGAGUACCUCCCGACGACGGGGUGGACGGAUUCACGCUCCUACGAAUGGGACUACCGAGUCCGUUACGGAUGCGGCAGUUGCCGGGGCUGGACUUGAUGGGGUGUCCGAUGCGGCGCCGGUUUCUAAGGUGACGUGCCACUAUUUGAUGGUGCGGUUGGAGGCGCAGGAGACGGACUUGCUUGCGUUUUUCAAUGUGCCUCAUGAGGAGUUUGAUAAGAAUGGGGAUGCGAGGGGUUUGUCGAGGGAGGAGGCUGUUGCGGAGGAGACUGUGAGUGCGUUGGUGGGUCAAUUGGAGAUUCGGGAUUGGGGGUUGUUCGUUUAG